AUGGCACUUUUGCGGAACGCUGCGGCCAAUGCGAGCAAGAUUAAUGCCCUCGAGGAUAGAAUGAAUGAGUGUGCACACAAGUUGGCAAGAGAAAUACACGCCGCGGAGCGGGCCUUUCUUGAUCAAGCGCCAGAGGGUCGUUACCUGUCGCAGCUGCCGCUCAAUACAGACGAAGUGUUUCAUUCCUUGGAGAAUGAUCUACGCCAGCUAAGAAAAAAAGAGGGUGAUGAGGAAUCUAUCGCCUCCCUUGAGGCACGGUUGAAUGAGCGUGCGCACGAAAUGGCGAAAGCGAUGAACGUGGCUGAGCGUCCACUAUACAUGCAAUGCGACUACCGAGGGAUUCCUGUGACAAAGCUGUCCCUUGACGCUGAUCCACAGUUCUGUUCCCUGGAGGUGGAGCGUGCUCAUUUGUGCCACGACCCCAAAAUAAACGCAUCGCGGAUUGCCGAGGUGGAACAUGCAUUGAACCAACGUGCCGAAGAGAUGGCUGCUGAAGCCGUCCGUCAGGACCGUAUGUUCUUNUCUUGA